CUGACUCACAAACACAACUUCUUGUCCUCAAGAGCAAACACCAUCGGCACCUUCGCUAAGCAAAGUCUGAGAAUUACACGGUCACAAUGUCUGAGCCUUCUGGUUUCCCAUCCUUGAAGCCUGCAAUCAUCACGAAAGUGAAUGUCGAUGUGACGAAAAUCCAUCCCUUUGGGCCCACUUUCAACGGCUCCACCCUCACGCACUUUGAAGUUCCCACGGGGACCAUCGAGACAGUCCCCGGCUUCGAGCCGGCCUUUUCUGCCAAGGUGACUUUCGGCGGCGACUGGUUCUCCAUGGAUGCAGAUGGAAAGCAUGGGCGCGUCAAUUUCCGCGGCAUAGCCCAGACCGAGGAGGGACAUCAGAUUGACGUCCGAACAUUCGGAAUCAUUACUAUGGUUCCAGCGGCGGAGAAGAUAUUCACUUUGCAGCCCGACAUGGCUUCCGUUGGCUUUGGCCACGCCGCUGCGAGGACCGAGUAUCUGGUCUCUGAUCCCAAAUUGAAGUUCUUGGAGAGUAGCUUUAUUGUAGGAAGCGCGCAGGUCAUCGUUGACCAGACUGGGGUGACUAUUGAGAACAGGCAGUCUAUUGUGACAACUCCGACGACAGAAGUGUAACGGGGAUAUGGAGCGAUCUGAGCAUCAACCAGUCAGUGUUUCCAAUCCCGCUUUAAUAGAAGCUGGACCUGGUAAGACAACAGAUGUGGAAAUGUAUAUGUGAGGCACAAUGUUUGCAUCAAAAGAUAUAAUCAGCUGGAGAGCCUGAUCGAAAGCCAAAAUUUAUCUCACAAAUCAAAUAUCCUCAACCAGGCCUGUGGCCUAGCUAUUAUACACG